AUGAGAAGACCGCAUUUUAGGCGUGAGAAGUCUGAGAAGUCUUCGGAGAGGAGGUCCACGGUGAAGAUGGCCUCCAAGCCUUACCCGAACUCUGUGUUUGUGUUUAGGGGGGGACUUUUUGAAGAAGGCGAAUUUGAUGGUGAUACCUUGCAGGAUGUCGUUAGGGUCCCACAUAAUAGCAGUGGGCCCAUGUGGAGAGCGAGUCAAGGAUUGAAAGCUAUGGAUGGUGAAGACCCUCCAAAGAUACUGGAUUUUAACCCACGAAUUAAAGUUGAUUCGAGUGGCCAGCUAGUGAUUGAGAAGAAAACUUGUUAUCGGAUGCAGUAG